GAUACACAGCCAUCAGACAAAAAGAGAUCGAGGAACUAAAACUGCGAAAUUUUUUAUAUUGCUUAAUUUUUAUUUGCAAAAUGAAAAAGUACGAUUGACAAAAAGUGUAAACUGGUACGAAGAAAUUUCUAUUGUGGUGUGACGAAUAUUAUGCGCGUGAUUUCCUUUCGCCAAUUUAGGAAAUUAAUUUCGAAGAACUCGGUGUGCCGCGACAAGUUCUUAGCUUUUUUUUUAUUACUAAAGUGUGCGACUUGAUUUUUUUUCUAAUCUACAAUACAAAGCAACAAAAUUAUUGAAAUUGUGUUGCCAAUAUCUGCCUUGACCACCGUAAAAACAACUCAUCGUUGUAAUCGCCACAUUUCAUUUUGCAAUUGCACAGUUUUUUUGUUUCAAUUAGUGGCAUAAACGAAUACGAUUUAGUUUUUCACCAAACUGGCUUUUUGACGUAUAUCGUUGGAAUAAAGCCGCAUCGCUCUAACUCAACGGGGGAAAAAGUGGCCAGCUGCUGCGAAUAAAAACAUUUUUAUUGAAUUACUGAAAUAAAACAUUAAGCAGAAAACUAAAUAUAAAACGAAGCGAAACGGUUAAAUAAUGGCUUCAACGACGAAUAAGAGUGAUACCUCAGUAAGCCAUGAAGUCACAGCUAAUGCCGGGAGCACCACAGCGGAAGGCGAUAUCAACAUGAGCGGUAGCAUCGAAGCGGAGUAUAAUAGAAUUGCCAAUGGUCAGGGCUGGCUUAGAUUCUACCAGGAAAUUCGUGAACAUUGCGAUCGUGAAGCUAGUGAAAAACAAUUUGAAUCUGUUGAAUCAGAGAGAAUACACAAUCGCUGUCUAAACAGAUACAGAGAUGUAAAUCCUUACGAUCAUUCGCGCAUUAUCCUCCGUAAGGGCGGUAUUGACUAUAUUAAUGCAAAUCUUGUUACGCUCGAGCGUGCCGAAAGAGCAUACAUUCUAACACAGGGUCCACUCACUGAAACCGUUGGACACUUUUGGCUAAUGGUAUGGGAGCAAAAUACCAAGGCCAUUCUUAUGUUAAACAAAUUAAUUGAAAAGAAGCAAGUUAAAUGUCAUCAGUAUUGGCCUGAUAGGAAAGGUCCUGAAAAUGCACUAAUUUUGAAUGAAGUUGAGUUGGUUGUUGAAUUUAUUCGUUGUGAAGAGUAUCAGAACUUCUGUCGCAGAUGGUUCAAGCUAACGGAUCUUGAAACGAACACAAGCCGUGAGAUAUUACAAUUCCACUAUACAACAUGGCCGGACUUUGGAAUUCCCAGUUCACCAGUGGCGUUUUUACAAUUUUUAAAACAGGUGCGCGACACGGGUGCACUCGAUGCGAGUGUGGGGCCCGCAAUAGUGCACUGCAGCGCCGGGAUCGGACGUUCCGGCACAUUUUGUUUAGUAGACUGUUGUCUAGUUUUGGUUGAGAAAGAAGGCGAGAACAAGGUUUCUGUACAGGAAGUACUUUAUGAGCUGCGCAGAUAUCGCAUGGGCUUAAUACAGACUGCAGAUCAAUUAUACUUCUCUUAUCAAGCAAUUAUAGAGGGAAUCAAAUUGCUUAAAGAUUCAGAAUUUCUGAAUUACAAGGAGGAGCCAAUCGCUAACAAUGACAAUGAACACGAUCAGUAUGCCACAACUGGUGAGAUGCCACCACCUCUACCGCCACGUACACAUUCCCUACCACUGCCAAUGGCCGGCUGCAGCACUGCCGGUGUACUAUCGUUCAGUCAACUCGGCAAGCCAUUACCAAAAAUACCGGCUAGCGCAAGUUUCAGUGACGAACUAUACGGCAUGACCGCCAGUGCAGAGCACGCCGGCAAGGAAAAAACCGUUGAGAGCAUGUUGAAUAGACCUCUGCCGCCAAUACCACAACAGGCGCAAGGCUCACAAAACCCGUUAGAACGAGUGCAUGAGUCAGACAGUGAUGACAAUGAUUUAUACGAGGACAAUAAAAGUGAUGAGGGUAGUGAUGAUGAUGAAAUCGUAGAACAGGAUGAUGACGAUAAGAACACUAACGAAGGUAAUGGCCGGAGUAGAAGCAGUGAACGUGCGAGCGGUAGUAGAAACGGUGGUAAUCAAACUACGGGUGAAGUAAAAUUAAACUUCUCCGAUCUCUCAAAUAGCAAACCAAUCGCGAUCGGCCCCGAAAAUGAAUUGAAACGGCGGAAACGUGUAGAGCGACAGACCAACAUCGAACAAAAAGUGAGCGAAAUCAGACGAAAACAGCGCGAAUCGGAGGAAAGAAAGCAUGCGGCGAAGAAAAGAAGGUCAUUAAUUACUUAUAUAGCGGCGGGUGUUGUUGUGGGUGUGAUUUGUGUGUAUGCAUAUUCGAAGUUUGCCUAAAGUGCCCAUUGAGUGGCACAAAAUGUCCCAAACCCCCACAUCCCUGCCCUUCAUAGUAUCAAUCGAUAGUUAUCUUUGUGACGCGCCUAUGCACUAGAGCGCUUCAUAUACGAUACAUACAUACACAAUAAUAAAGCUCUCGCCAAUAUAAAUAAAUAAAUAAAUAAUGCGUUCACGUAAUUCUUUAGAACACAUACACACACCGAAAUAGUAAUCGAAGCCAAGUAAAAAUAAAUUCAAAGUACUAAUUUUUCAUUUAGUUAAGAGCCAAGAUUACACACAAAUGAACAUUAUGCAUAAAUUAGUUACAAAUAGUUACCGAAAUAAGUUUUCGAUUUCUAAUCAAUAGCCAGAUUUUAUUUUAUGUUUUCGUACAAAUCAUGUCUAAGUCGAGAAGAAUUGAUAAUCAUUUUUGCAAUAAAUACGCCGUGGCCGCAAUAAUAGCACAGCAGUAUUUUGCCAGCGAAUGCGCGGAAUUUUUAUGUAUGGAAAAAAAUGCGUAACACCGCCAACACAAAAAAAAAACAAUUAAUUAUUAAAAAUCAAUGCGAAUUUGAAGUCACUUGAAAUUUACACAGUAUUAUACUGAAAUUGAAUUGGCUAGAAAAUGGCGUACCCUUAAAAGUUUGACACUUUGAUGGGCUUUGAUUUGUUUAAAGGGGGAGCCUGGUUUAUGAGGUCUAAAAAUUGCAUCUCUUUGCGAUUUUUUUUUUUUUUUAAGGAAAAAAAUUUAUUUAGCACUGCAAAGUUUUUUCUAUCUUUUAAUGAACAUUUAAAAAGUAUAAAAAUUUUUGUACUGGUUAAAAUAAGUUGAAAAAAAUGUUUAACAUAGAAAUUAGUAGAGCGCUGCAACGCUGGAGUUUCCAACUGGCGUACAAGAUACAGCUCGUAAUUAUUAUCUAACGCAAAAAAUUCAAUUGGAUUUCUAAUUAUCAUGAUUUUUUAUUCUAGAUAAACUAAAAAAACUGAGAGAAAUUCCAAAAUUUUAACUUUUUGGAGGUUUUAAAGAAAAAAAUGCCUUUCUAUA